AUGGCGCGUAAAGGCCCUGGUACAGAUGGCCCUCUACAGACAGCCCUACUGGAAUCCACGUCCGCAGCCACGACAAGAGCUUCUGAAGGACAGAAGAUCUUCAGCCCUAUAGCUGCAUUCCUCGAUAAACACCGCAGCCAAACCACCGGCCUGGCCCCUCACCUACUGAGAGCCCUCACCGCUCUAAGCGAUGACCUCGCCUCAGUAGCCCAACGACAUUUUAGCGCCUAUAUCAGCGGUAUCUCGACGACCUCCAUUCUACCUGCCCUGUCCCCUUCCCCUUCCCCUU